GGGCGCCGAAGAGUGACGAUGCGCUGGCUCGCGACGGCGGCGGCCUUAGCAGCGGCAAUAGGCGCAACAGCGGCGGCCACUGCAGGGACGACGACGGCAGGGCGGGCGCUGUGCGCAGAGGGGAGGGGUAGGCGGGCGGCGCCGGCGGCUUGAGCUGCGGCGGCGACGGCCAGAGCGACGGAAGGAGAACCCCCACCCGCCGGCGGUCGCGUUAGGCCUCAGCGGCGCCCGGAGCCGCUCGCACUGUCCUCGGCGGGAGAUCUCCAUAGAGACCGUGACACACACAGAGGCGGGGGUCCGCGGGAGGCCGCCGGACCGAAGCCAGCUCCUCGGCCUCUGCCGCUGCCACCCCGUCCUCUCGGCCAGCGCGCACCCUCUCCGCUCCGGCUCGCAACCUCGCGGUCCCUGAGGUGCCGGGGUCCCACUGUGCGGGCACCGCGGGCCGACUUUUGGGCCGGGACCGGGCGGGGGGGGCUCUAAGGCCGUCGCCUCUGCCUCUCCCGCCCCCCUUACCCGCCGCGGAGCGGGGAGCCGCGAAGGCUCCACCAUGGCCUCGGGAGCCGGAGGAAUAGGAGGGGGCGGCGGCGGCGGCGGUGGCAAGAUCCGGACGCGGCGUUGCCACCAGGGGCCAAUUAAGCCUUACGCGCAGGGGCGACAACAGCACCAGGGCCUUCUUAGCAGGGUUACAGAAUCUGUUAAGAAUAUUGUGCCUGGAUGGCUACAGAGAUAUUUCAACAAGAAUGAAGAUGUAUGCAGCUGCUCAGCAGACACAAGUGAGGUGCCACAUUGGCCAGAAAAUAGAGAAGAUGCCCAUCUCCUGUAUGCUGAUGAGGAGAGCACCCACGUAAAUGAUGGGAGGCUCACCCCUGAGCCAGCAGUCAGUAAUACAGAAGAACCCUCAACAACUAGUACCGCUUCAAAUUAUCCAGAUGUAUUAACAAGGCCUUCUCUUCAUCGGAGCCAUCUGAACUUCUCCAUGUUGGAAUCCCCUGCAUUACACUGUCAGCCAUCCACCUCCUCGGCAUUCCCAAUAGGCAGUUCUGGAUUUUCCCUUGUAAAGGAAAUUAAAGAUUCUACCUCUCAGCAUGAUGAUGAUAAUAUCUCGACUACCAGUGGUUUUUCUUCAAGAGCUUCUGAUAAAGAUAUAGCUGUUUCAAAGAACACUUCAGUGCCACCUCUCUGGUCCCCAGAGGCCGAACGUUCUCACUCACUCUCCCAGCACACUGCCACCAGCUCAAAAAAACCAGCAUUCAACUUGUCUGCCUUUGGAGCACUUUCCCCUUCUCUUGGGAAUUCUUCAGUCCUUAAAACAAGUCAGCUUGGAGAUUCUCCUUUUUAUCCUGGAAAAACAACAUAUGGUGGGGCAGCCGCUGCUGUAAGACAGGCUAAACUACGAAAUACACCUUAUCAGGCACCGGUCAGAAGGCAGAUGAAAGCGAAGCAGCUGAGUGCGCAGUCGUACGGUGUGACCAGCUCAACAGCACGGCGCAUAUUGCAGUCUCUGGAGAAGAUGUCCAGUCCUCUAGCGGAUGCAAAAAGAAUCCCAUCUGUUGAGUUGAUAAAACUUUGGUUUCUCUUUACCUGUAAGGUGCACUCUCAGUAUCCCCCUGUUCAGAGACUCGUGACCCCAAAGCCAGUUUCCGUAGCAACAAAUCGAACCGUUUAUUUCAAACCAUCUCUGACCCCAUCUGGUGAAUCGAGGAAGACUAAUCAAAGAGUAGAGAAAAAGCACAAUACUGGAUAUGAAAAAAAUAGGACACCAGAACAAAAUAGAGAACAACGAGAAAGUGGUUUUUCAUACCCAAAUUUCAUCUCCACAUUUCUCAGGAAGGAGGCAGACGUACUACCUCCAUCUUCUAUUGGAUUUACAUUUAGUGUGCCCGUUGCAAAAACAACAGAACUCUCUGGCUCCAGUAGUACUUCAGAACCAAUUACAAGUAGUUCAGCACAAGAUACCACUUCAGUGAACAGUACAAGCUGUAAGAAGAAGCUAGAUGAAGAUUGUGAGGGCCUUUUUGUACCUGCAAAAGUCCUGAAAGAAGGAAGUGUUCUAGAUGUUUUGAAAAACCCUGGUUUCCUAUCACCGAAGGUAGAUUCUCUUGCUGCUCAGCCUACCACGACAAGCCCUGCAGUUUAUACAAGACCAGCAAUAAGUAGCUUUUCUUCUAGUGGAGUUGGGCUUGGGGAAGGUCUAAAAGCUGGAUCAUCAUGGCGGUGUGACACGUGUCUUGUCCAGAACAGAGUUACAGACAAUGAGUGCAUAGCCUGUCAAGCCACAAAAUCGCCACCAAGAGAUUCUGCUAAACAGAUGGGCGUGGGGACAGCAAGUCAGAGUGGCAAGCCAGCUCCUCCUGCAGCAGGGACAGGCUUUGGAGACAAAUUUAAACCGGCAGCCGGAGCUUGGGAUUGUGAUACCUGUUUAGUGCAGAAUAAGCCGGAAGCAGUGAAGUGUAUAGCUUGUGAAACACCAAAACCUGGAACUGGCGUUAAGCGGGCCCUUACGUUGCCAGCGGCUUCAGAAAGUGCCGUGACUGUAACCGCUUCAUCUUCCAGCUGCACCGUGACCACUGGUACCUUAGGGUUCGGAGAUAAAUUCAGAAGACCUCUGGGAUCCUGGGACUGUCCAGUGUGCUGUGUUUCUGAUAAUGCGGGCGACGAUAAAUGUGUGUCCUGUAUGUCUGAGAAACCAGGGAUCUCAGUACCCACUUCAAGUAGCAGCACGCCACCUGUGUCUCUGUCUUCUGGAGGCUCACUAGGAUUGGACAAGUUCAAGAAGCCUGAGGGAAGCUGGGACUGUGAAGUGUGCCUGGUGCAAAAUAAACCCGAGUCUGCCAGAUGCGUGGCUUGUGAAAGUGCAAAGCCAGGCACAAAGUCUGAGUUUAAAGGCUUUGGCACAUCUUCCUCAUCUUCAAACCCAGCAGCUUCAUCUUUCAAGUUUGGUAUCCAGCCCUCCUCUUCUGGGCCUUCUCAGACAUCCACAAACACUGGAAAUUGUAAAUUUGGAGACAAAGGAGGCUUCACAGCAGGCGUGGCAUCAGAUUCUGAGUCUGCAAAUCCCAUGAGUGGAGGCUUUACAUUUUCUAAACCAACAGGAGAUUUUAAAUUUGGAGUUUCAUCUGAUCCUAAACCUGAAGAAGAUAAAAAAGACAGUAAGAAUGAUAAUAACUUUAAGUUUGGACUUCCUUCUGGUUUAAGCAAUCCAGCUCCUUUAGCUCCAUUUCAGUUUGGAGUGUCUAAUCUUGGGCAGCAAGAAAAGAAGGAGGAACUGCCCAAGUCUUCGUCUGCAGGCUUCAGCUUUGGUACAGGUGUUAUUAACCCUGCCCCUGCUGCCACGAAUACCACAGUGACCUCCGAGACCAAGAGCAGCUUCAGCUUUGGAACCAUAGAAACCAAGAGUGUUUCAGUGUCUCCUUUCACGUGUCAGACAGCAGAAGCAAGCAAAGAAGAGAAGCCUGCCGCCAGAGUAGGGUUCACCUUUGGCAGUGUGGAGCAGGCCUCUUUGCCAUCCACCUCAGCCUUUGUUUUGGGAAGGACAGAGGAGAAGCAGCCAGAGCCCGUCACUUCAACUUCCCUCGUGUUUGGGAGGAAAGCUGACGGCGAAGAGCCAAAGUGUCAGCCCGUGUUUGCCUUUGGGAGCUCAGAGCCAACCAAAGAUGAGAGUGCUUCCAAGUCGACGUUUAGUUUCAGUAUGGCAAAACCAUCGGAGAAGGAAUCAGAACAGCCAGCAAAGGCCACUUUUGCUUUUGGAGCUCAAACCAGUGCCACAGCUGAUCAAGGAGCAGCCAAGGCCGUUUUCAGUUUCUUGAACAACAGUUCCUCUAAUUCAAGUCCACCAGCCACUUCGACCAGUGGAGUUCUAUUUGGUAGUUCCACGCCUUCCUCCAGCGCCCCUGCGGCUGCCUUUGUGUUCGGCCAGGCCAGCAAUCCUGCCGGCGGCCCCGCCUUUGGGAACUCGGCCGAAUCCAGUCCAUCUCAGUCUUUGCUGUUUUCUCCGGAGAACAAACCAGCAGCCGCAUCGGUGACAGCUGCAGCUGUCGCCCCGUUCGUCUUCGGGCCAGGAGCCGGCAGUAGCACUACGGCAACCGCUGGUUUCACCUUCGGAGCCCCGACCACAUCUAGCUCUGCAGGAUCCUCAUUUGUAUUUGGCACUGGACCUUCUUCAACACCAUCUGCCAGUCCAGCAUUUGGUGCUAGUCAGACCCCAACAUUUGGGCAAAGUCAGGGUGCCAGCCAGCCUAAUCCACCAGGCUUUGGAUCUAUAGCAUCUUCCACAGCUUUAUUUUCCACUGGCUCUCAGCCUGCAGCACCUACUUUUGGGACAGUGUCAAGCAGUAGCCAGCCUCCCGUGUUUGGACAGCAGCCUACUCAGUCUGCCUUUGGCUCAGGAGCAGCUCCUAAUUCCGGUCCGGUUUUCCAAUUUGGCAGCACCACUACAAAUUUCAACUUCACCAACAACAAUCCAUCAGGAGUGUUCACAUUUGGUGCAAAUUCCAGCACACCUGCAGCCUCCGCCCGGCCUUCAGGCUCAGGGGGAUUUCCGUUCAGCCCGCCUUCAGCACCGUUCACCGUGGGGUCAAAUGGGAAAAGUCUGUUCUCUUCUUCCGGAACUUCAGUUUCUGGUCGCAAGAUAAAGACUGCUGUUAGACGUAGAAAAUAAAGGCCACAGAGGUGUUAUACACAAGAGUUUUACUGACAGCUGGUGCCCUGCUUUCAGAUCCUGGAUUGUGCUACACGCUGGCGUUAUCUGAAGUCGUAUUUGCCUGAGGACAUCUUUAAUUUUGGAACUUUCCUCCUUUCUCUUUCUUUACAGAAGCCCCUACCCUCACCGCACCCCACCCACCCCUUUUUUAAAAUAAUAGCUAGCCUGGUGACUGACUCUUCAACAGAAACAUUUUAUGAUCCAGCAGAGUAUCACUGGUUUGGUGUGGUCUGGCUGUGCCCAGGAGAGAGCCCUCACAGUGAUGGCUUUGUAUCGAACCUCUUCGUCUGCACCACUCUUGGCAUUGAUGUGCGUUUGUGGAGCGCGUUGACAUUGUAAUUCUCUCUGAGGAAUUCUGUAUAGAUUAGAGGAUGUUGAAAUGAAUGAUUUUUAUGCUGAGUUUGUGCUGGUGUAUGUGUGAAGUGAGUGAGUUGGGUGUACUGUGCACUAAACCUUUCUGAUAGAGGAAGCCUGAUUAAGGACUGGUCCCUGCUGAGGACUUGUUAGAUCUAGUUCUCCAUUUCAUGAUUAUAUGCUAUUUCUAUAGUUUCAUUCUUAUGACUAUCACCUGUCUUGCCUUUUUCAUUAUUUUAUUAUGAAAUUUGUGUAAAUACAAUUUUGUUUCUGUACUUUUUUGGCAUAACAUAAAUCUGUGAACUUGAAAUUUUAAUUUUGUGUUAGAAAUUUUUUUUGUUGUUUGUUUAGUCUUGUCUCAGAUUUUAUUAUGUAAAUCCCAUUAUUCAAAGUUGCCUAAAUCCAUUUGGAAAUCUUAAAAAAAAAAAAAAAAAAAAAAUUGGGGAUUCUUAAAGUGAAUUUAUUGGCUUUUCUGAUCCAGUUUUGUUUGGACCAAAAACCAGUAUUGUACAAAGUAUUAUUAAGCAUAUAUUUUUAUAUUUACUGAAAUGGACUGUGGUGACUUUGGAUAAUAAGGAAAAGUUUAAUAUUAAAGCCAUGUUUAUUACAGUAUAAUUAACAUGUUAAACCAUGGGAUAAAUGCCAUCAAUAAAAAAUUAUGAAAUA